AUGAUACAGAAGAAUUUGAAGUCGCUUCGUCGGUCGAUCUCCGAAAAAUUGUUGGGGGUCAAGAAGCACGGGCAGAGCAGCAGUCCAAUGCCGAUCCCGAAGCCGGAGCCCGAGCCCGGCUCAUCCCAGUCUCUCGCUGACGAUCCGUUUAAGGAAUGUCUGGCCAACUACAGCGACAACGUGUCGCACCUCGUCUUCUACGGCUCAUCCCUCCAGUCCCUAUCUUCAUACAGUAUUAAUGAUGACCACCGAAGAUCAACACACAGCCAUACAUCACAUGGCAGCACGGAUUCCAGUGAUACCACCUCUUCCAACGCAACCAUGGCAUCGAAUAUAACAGACAGCAGCACCGAUGGCCUGCCAACCGACGAAAAAAUGGACAAAAAGAUGCUGGCCGUCACUUUUGCC